AAAGAAAGGCCAUUGGAUGCAUUGGCUAACCCCUUCUGACCAUUGCACAAUGCUAAUAUCCUUCCACUAGGAGCCAGUAAUUGUACAAUCGUUUCGUUGCCAAAGGGGAUCCAUUUAUAUAUACAUGCGAUGCAAUGCAUCUUUCUCAAAUUAUUACUUCCAAAGGUGAUCACUUUCUCAAACAUGGCACCAUUCAUCUACCUUCUCCUGGCUAUCCCCUGCAUCCUACUACUACUACUACUUCUGCAGAAACACAAGAAAAGCUCUAGUGCUUCUCUCCCACCUGGGCCUCCUGGUCUUCCUUUGAUUGGGAACUUGCUCCAGCUUGAUCCUUCUGCCCCUCAUCGGUAUCUAUGGCGACUUUCUCAAACAUACGGGCCAUUGAUGUGGCUGAGACUUGGUUCCACCUCGGUUGUGGUAGUUUCGACUGCCAAGUGCCAAGAUGGCUGAAGAGGUCAUGAAAAUCCAAGACCUUACAUUCUGCAGCAGGCCAGUCUCUGCUGGUGCGCUAAUGCUAUCGUACCAUGGUCGCGACUUAGCAUUCGCACCCUACAAUGCUUACUGGAGAGAGACAAGAAAACUGUGUGUGGUUCAUCUCUUUAACAUGAAUAGGGCCAAAGCUUUUGUUCUAUCAGGGAGUAUGAAGUCUCCAAGAUGAUCGAGAAGAUAUCGAGAUCAUCAUCGUUUGGAUCGAAACCUUUCGACUUGUCUGAGGCCAUGAGGACCCUAACGAGCACAAUUAUCUGUAGGGUGGCCUUUGACAAGAGGUACGAGGAAGAAGGAAUUGAGAGAAGCAGAUUUCAGUCGCUGCUAAAUGAAACUCAAGCCAUGUUUACAAGCUUCUUUUUCUCCGACCAUUUUCCUGUUCUGGGCUUUGUCGAUAAGGUCACUGGCUUGACCGGGCGCCUUGACAAGAAUUUCAAGGAGUUUGAUGCUUUCUACCAAGAGAUAAUCGACGAACAUCUUGAUCCAACCAGAGAAAAGACAGAGCAUGAAGACAUUCUGGAUGUUUUACUUCAGAUUUGGAAGGACCAAUCCUUCAAAUUCCAACUCACACUCGACCACAUCAAAGCACUUCUCAUGAACAUAUUUGUUGGUGGCUCGGACACUAGCGCGGCAACUGUGAUCUGGUCCAUGACAUAUCUGAUGAAGAAUCCUGUAGCCAUGGGGAAAGCCCAGAAAGAAGUCAGACUUGCUAUUGGAAAGAAAGAUUUUGUGAAUGAACAAGACAUUCAGCAACUACCCUACCUCAAAGCCGUGGUUAAAGAGACAAUGAGACUGCAACCCCCAGCUCCGUUGCUGGUUCCAAGGGAAUCAACUCAGAAAUGUAGCCUAGGCGGGUACGAAAUACCAGCCAAGACUGCGGUCCACAUAAACGCAUGGGCCAUCGGAAGGGACCCUGAAGCGUGGCGAGAGAACCCAGAAGAGUUCAAGCCAGAGAGGUUCAUAGGGAGCUCCAUUGACGUGAAAGGCGCGGACUUUGAGCUGAUACCAUUUGGAGCCGGGAGAAGAAUAUGUCCUGCAAUUCAUAUGGGACUUGCAAAUGUGGAGCUCUCUCUGGCUAAUUUGAUUUGCGCUUUCGAUUGGGAGAUGCCGGCUGGAGCGAGGAGCCAAGAUCUGGACAUGGAUGUACAGCCAGGUCUUGCGAUGCACAAGAGAAAUGCUCUAUGCCUAGUGGCUACAAAGUAUGUACAAAGAUGAAAGAAAUCGUUAAGACAUUCAGGGGAACACCUUGGAAUUUAAAGCCUUGAGAGCACAGACUCACAGAGGCCUUAAUUCGCCAUCCUAUCUUAAGUGCCUUUGUCGAGAGCUGAACCCCAGUAUCUGUGAAGCAUUUUAUCGAACAUUUGGCGCCCAAUACGGAAAAAAUGGAAUUGAACAUCAAACACGUAGGAAGCAGAGUCCAUCUCGUAAGAAGAUGGUCCAAAAAAAACACUGAAUUACGGAAUUCACUUACAUCUUCGCUAUGGAACAUACCGUUGGCAGAGCCCUCAUCGUAGUCGGACGAAGAUGAACACGCCUGGCCGGAGUACACAGGCACUCGCAAAGUCAAAUAUAUGGCGCAAAGUGAUGAAGA